AUUCACAACCAUUGAAUUCGUAUCUCUGGAUUAUUUAUAGUAUCUCUUUUUCUUGGGGGUGGUUUUUUCCUUACGUAUAUCCUCGUAAUCCAUAAGUCAUCGCUUGUGUGGGAAAACUGCCUUCUAUUCAUGUGCAUCAUCCUGUAUUAAAUAUAUAACGUGUUCGUUUCAUUUUCUUGAUGUUAGGGGUGGAAAUUUUUUAUUUUUCAUGUGCUAUUUCAUGUACAGUAUUGUUGUAUUGGGAUGCGAAUUAUAAUAGUACUAAUUGUUAUUAAAAACCCUAAACAUAAUAAAAUGGGCUAAGUAGCAAAUUGUUUCAGUAGUCAUGUUUUUUGUACUAAUUUUAUUUGUUUUCAACUCAGUUUAAGGUGGUUGUGUUAUUGUUCACAUGGAGAAAAUAAACAGUGGGGGUUCUUCCAUCAGAAGGCGUUCAUUGAGCAUAUCAAGUCACAUAAGCCAUCAUACAGACAAUGAUGAUGAUGCUGAAUGUGAGAGUGUUUCAGAGGCUGGAGACAUUGGAGAUCGUGUUACUAUUCGAAGCUGCAGCUUCCGCUUGUCUUUUGACAACAGGUCAGAAAAUGAAGCUGUUGUUGUUUCCAAUUCAGAGGAACACAGAUUGCAUCCCAACUCUGUUAGGCCUUUGCCUCCUGCACUCACAUCUGAAGACACCAAACAUGAUCCUAAUAAACGUUUGCCAGUGUUGCUGGACUAUGCUUCAUUUAUGUUUCCUUUAGCAGUUUUUGGAAUUCUUGGGGUCUUCACAAGAUAUUUGCUGCAGAAGUUAUUUGGCCCUGGGGUUGCCCAUGUGACAAGCGACCAAAGUAUUCUUUAUGUUGAUCUUCCUUCUAAUAUGAUUGGUUCAUUUCUUAUGGGAUGGUUUGGGGUGGUAUUCAAAGGAGACAUAAUUAAUGUGUCAGAGCAUCUAGCUGUAGCAAUAACAACUGGUUACUUAGGGAGCCUCACAACCUUCAGUGGUUGGAAUCAAAAAAUGCUAGAACUCAGUGUUUCCGGGCAUUGGCUCUUCGCUUCACUUGGCUUUCUAGUAGGUAUAUUUCUCGUUGGCUAUUCCAUCAUAUUUGGGAUUGAAACUGCCAAGAGUUUCAGGGGGUUUCUCAACAGGCUGAAUAUUAGUUCAGGCAAAGAAGGCUCUAAGAUCUUUAUCAACUGCAAAGUAGACAGCUACCGCUGUCAGUUGAUAGUUAUGGCGAUAUCCGUGGUUGCGUUGGGCAUAUUAUGGGGUGUCAGUGGUGCAUUAGUUAAGGCUGAGUUCAAGAAUGGUGGCAAUGUUGCUCAGUUAUGGUUUGCUUGCAUGGUUGGACCUAUAGGUGUGUGGAUUAGAUGGUUCUUAGCCAGGCUCAACGGACGUGGAUUGGGAAAGGCAGGGUUGUUUAAAUGGAUUCCAUUUGGAACCUUAAUUGCCAAUGUAUCAGCUGCUUGUAUUAUGGCUGCACUUUCUACUGUGAAGAAUGCAGUAAACACCAGGGAUUGUGAUACUGCUGUAGCGGGAAUACAAUUUGGUCUGAUGGGGUGUCUGAGUACUGUCUCUACAUUCGCUGCAGAGUUUAAUGCGAUGAGAGAAAGCAGUCGCCCUAUGAGAGCAUAUGCAUAUGCUAUCAUUACAGUUUUUUUGUCAUUCUCUUUAGGAAUCUUGAUAUACUGCAUACCUGUUUGGACAAAGGGGUUAGAUAUUGACACAUAGCAAUUGAGUAAGGCAAUCAUGUUUUUUGGGCACUUUAUUGGUUGAAACAUAGCUGUUUCAGGACAACCUCCCUCCUGAUUUUAACGAUAACGAAUUGUUUUUCCAGAGAAGUAGAGAAAUGUAUCUAGUA